GUAAGCUUCUUCUGAGUCCUUCUGGUCGCCAGCAGCCGAGGAAGGGAGAUUGGGGUGGAAGGGAUGGGGGUAUCUUCUUAGCUAUUUUUUGGGAGUUUUUUCAUGUUAUUGCCAUUUUAAUCAAAUUUCUACAGGAAAAUGGGUUGAUGCCAUAGUGAAGAGGACGAUAAAAAAGCAGAAAUAGAUUUAGGCAAAAAGAAAAAGAAUCAAGAUCCUGAUUCGAAACACUUUGAUCUCAAAGGUAAAAAUAAAGGCAAAAGUAAAUAAAAAUAAAAAGGCUAAAAAGGCUAAAAAGGCUAAAAAGGCUAAAAGCCAAGCACUCGACAAUAAAGCAAAGGCAAAAUCUGCAACUUUAGUGAGGCAAGUAACCUCAUUGAUGAACUCUGGUAACGCUGAGAAAAGAGUGAUCUCACACUCUAAACACAAUUCUUUAAACGAAGACAAAGACCUCAGAUCAUCCAAUAGCCCAGUUGGCAACUCUAAUUCAGAUAAUCAUAGACUAGAGAAUGAUGAUUCCCAGACCAAAGCCACAUGUUUGAUUAACACUGAAGGACUAGAAUAUGAAGGAGAUGUUGAUAAAGAUACCCAAAAGAUGCAUGGCACUGGAAAAAUAUUAUUCCCAAAUGGGUCAGUCUAUAAAGGCAAGAUCAAGCAGGAUGUCCUAGAGGGACCAGGAGUCCUUAAGCUUCCAGGAGGUGCUGUAUAUCAAGGAAUGUUUCAUAAAAAUAAAUUUCAUGGAAAAGGAAUGUUUACUCAGAAGGAUGGCAGCUUCUAUUCAGGAGACUGGGUUAAAGGAAAGAAACAUGGGAUGGGAACAGAAUUAGCUCGAGAUGGCUCUGAAUAUGAAGGUGCUUUCCAGAAUGAUCUUUAUCAUGGACACGGUGUAGCUAAGCUUACAAAUGGUGCUGUUUACACUGGAAAUUUUAAGGCAGGAAAGCUACAUGGCAAAGGUACAAUAGAGCAAGAAGAUGGGACAAAGAUUAAAGCUAUGUUCAGAGAUGACGAGAUGAUUAAACAAAUCAGCCAAACAAAAUUGUAG